AUGGGUAUCGACUUCACAGUCUUCAAGGGGUCCGACUCCGGUGAGAUCGUGCAAGCCAAGGGUCAUCGUGAGGUCGGCCAGACACAAGCUCUAGUUGCGCUGUCGCACUGUGGAGUUUGCGGCACAGACACUCAUUAUCGCCAUGCCGACCAAGGAUUGGGUCAUGAAGGAGUCGGUGUUAUCAAGGAGGUUGGAAGUAUGGUUGAGAAGCUCUCAGACUUGAGGGUCGGUGACCGUGUUGGAAUGGGAUGGAUGCAAAGGACAUGCGGCUAUUGUAAAUAUUGCUUAACUGGUAGGCAGUUCAAGUGCCUGAACAACGAACAGUUUGGGACAGCCAAUUUGGACCAAGGUUGCUUUGGUACAGGCGUUGCUUGGGACGUCAGCACGCUCUUCAAGAUCCCAGACGAAAUCUCUUCCGAGUCCGCUGGGCCAUUGAUGUGUGGUGGUGCCACUGUCUGGGGCCCGCUAUACGAGCAGGGCUUCAAAGCAGGUGAUCGUAUCGGGAUCGUAGGAAUCGGUGGGCUCGGACACCUGGCCAUUCAAUUUGUAUCGAAAAUGGGAAUGGAGGCUGUUGUCUUCUCGGGAACCGAGUCCAAGAAGGAAGAAGCGUUCCAAUUUGGAGCCAAAGAAUUCUACGCCACCAAGGGUGUCACAAAGUUCGAAGGUAUCGAGCCCGUCGACGGCUUGUUGAUCACGACUUCGGUGCUACCUGAUCUCUCACUAUAUCUACCUGUAUUGGCGCCAUAUGCGAAAAUCUUCCCACUCACCAUCAGCAUGGACAGCUUGCCAGUUCCGGCUAUGCCACUCGUAAUAUACGGCUACUCGAUAAUUGGUUCCGGCGGAGCUCAACCCCAGUCCAUUCAGGCAAUGUUGAGAUUCGCAGCACAACAUUCCAUCAAACCUGUCACCGAGAAGUUCCCAAUGACACAGAAGGGCGUCACGGAUGCAAUGAAGAAGCUGGACGAGGGAAGCGUAAGAUACCGUGGAGUCCUUGUUGUAUAA